AUGGAAAAAGUAAUCGAUCAGCACAUUAGAACAAGGUAUCUUGUGGCUAGACCACUUUCCUGCAACCAACAUGCUUACCAAAAGGGUAAAUCCACAGAAUCUGCCUUAGUAGCUCUGAUCGACAAGGCAGAAAGGUCCCUAGAGGAUAAGCAGACAGCUCUAUGUGCAUUUUUGGACAUUGAGGGGGCCUUUGAUAACACACCUACGGCAACCAUCCUGAAAGGAUUAAAUGCAAAAGGUGUUGAUAUCACAACCACCAGAUGGGUGGAAUAUAUGCUCUCCAACCGGUGUGCGAAAGUUACGUUAAACGAACACUCGCACAACUUCUACACUACAAGAGGCUGUCCGCAAGGAGGAGUGCUUUCACCCCUAUUAUGGACACUAGCUGUAGACCUACUACUUGUAAUCAUGGCAGAUCUCGACUACGAUACACAGGGCUAUGCAGAUGACCUUGUUGUAGUAGUAAGAGGUCCCUGCCUGAACACAAUUUCCACCAGGUUACAAGGAGCUCUCAAUACCAUCACAAGAUGGUGCAGAGAAAAUGAGUUAUCAAUAAACGCUGAUAAAACAGUUAUUGUACCAUUUACCAGGAAAAGGAAGCUUGUAAGGCUGACCGAACUCAGACUCAAUGGCAAAACCCUUAACCUAUCAAAUGAGGUAAAGUACCUUGGAGUCACUAUUGAUCAAAAGUUGACCUGGAACUCUCACCUCAACAACAUUAUACAAAAAGCCAAAAUGGCCCUCUGGAUAUGUUGUCGAAUGGCUGGAGCCAAGUGGGGCCUCAAGCCCAAAAUGGCUCUCUGGAUGUACACCGCCGUGGUAAGGCCGAUCAUAACAUACGCCUCAGUCGUAUGGUGUAACAAAACCAAACAAAAGACAACUAUGAGUAAACUAGACAGCAUACAACGGAUGGCAUGUCUAAUCAUCACGGGAGCCUUCCACUCGGCACCAGGCGACGCUUUAAAUGCAUUGUUGGACAUAGCUCCGCUAUAUCUCCACGUGCAAAAAGAAGCUAAAUCUUGCCUCUACAGGCUCUGUACACAAUCGAAUGUAAAGUUGCAAUCGCAAUAUAUGAACAAACUCAAGGAGUUGACAUUCGAACACAAAACUCUGAAAAUGCCAGUCGAUGGCAUGAGUACAGAGUUUAACUUCGCAAAACAGUACCAAAUAGAUCUUCCCAACCGGGACAUGUGGCUAAAAAACCAAGAGUCUCACAAAAAGGGCAGUCAUGUUUGGUUUACAGAUGGAUCCAAGAAAGGAUCUGAUGUAGGGUGCGGCAUCUAUGGCCUUAAGCCUAGAUUUGACAUGAGUGUCAAUCUGGGCAAGGAGGCCACCAUCUUCCAAGCCGAGGUCUUCGCCAUCAACAAAUGUGCUGAAGUCAUCCUGGAGAGGAAGCUUAGAAACCAAAAUAUCUACAUCAACUCAGAUAGCCAAGCAGCACUUCUGCUA